AUAAGAACUCGAAAAGAAUGGGUCGGAGAAUGGAAGAUCUCAGCAAAUUACUUUUCCUCUGAUUAUUUGAUAUCUUUUUUCCGGGGUCGAAGAAAGUAAUGGCAAGAAACCGCAUUGACGAACAUGAAGCUCGUGCUGGUCACUAUCAUCUUCUGCCAGAAACUGAAGUUGUUUCGCUCUCGGAUGGUGACGAUUCACGGCUUAACCAGCUUGGCUACAAGCAGGAACUCCGCCGUGGACUCACGGCAAUAGCAAAUUUCUCAGUGUCAUUCUCCGUCGUAUCAGUACUCACGGGUCUCAACACGAUGUAUGGGGAUGGACUAAGGUACGGUGGCCCUCUGACUAUGAUAUACGGGUUUCCCAUCGUGGGGCUGCUGACCCUCAUCGUUGGCCUCUCUAUGGCUGAGAUUUGCUCGGCGUAUCCAACGUCUGGGGGCCUUUACUUUUGGAGCGCUAAGCUUUGCGGAAAGCGAUGGGGUCCACUCGCUUCUUGGCUCACGGGCUGGUUCAACAUUGUUGGUCAGUGGGCAGUCACCACGAGCGUAGAUUUCUCCCUCGCACAGCUGAUUUCGGUAAUCAUCCUCCUCAGCACGGGAGGAAAAAACGGCGGAGGAUAUGAAGCAUCAAAAUAUGUGAUCAUGUGCUUCCACGGAGGAAUCUUGCUCCUUCACGCAAUCAUAAACAGCCUACCUAUAUCAGUCAUGUCUUUCUUCGGGCAGGUAGCUGCUGCAUGGAAUCUCCUAGGGGUCCUACUUCUCAUGAUCCUGAUUCCCUCUGUUGCGAAGCAUAAGGCUAGUGCAGAGUUUGUAUUCACUCACUUCAAUACUGAUACUGGGGAAGGCAUAGACAACGGAGUGUACAUAUUCGUUCUCGGACUUCUUGUUAGUCAGUAUACCCUGCUCGGGUACGACGCAUCUGCCCACAUGACGGAGGAAACCAAGAGUGCUGACCUUAACGGGCCACGAGGAAUCAUAAGUUCGAUCGCGAUUUCGAUCAUCUUCGGUUGGGGCUACCUUAUUGGAAUCACCUUUACAGUGACCAACAUCCCUUAUUUGUUGAGCGAAGACAAUGAUGCUGGUGGAUAUGCUAUUGCUGAGGUAUUCUACUUGGCAUUCAAAGAUCGGUAUGGGAGUGGAGUCGGAGGAAUUAUCUGUUUGGGAAUAGUUGCUGUCGCGAUAUUUUUCUGUGGCAUGAGUUCGAUUACUAGCAAUUCUCGGAUGGCAUAUGCAUUUUCUAGAGAUGGGGCUAUGCCAUUUUCGUCGGUAUGGCAUAAGGUGAACGAGCAGGAGGUCCCGGUAAAUGCUGUUUGGCUGUCCGCUGUUAUUGCCUUCUGCAUGGCGCUAACGUCUCUGGAGAGCUAUGUAGCAUUCGAAGCCAUGGUCUCCAUAGCAACCAUUGGGUCAUACAUCGCAUACGCCCUGCCCACCCUCUUCAGGGUAACCCUGGCUCGGAAAUCCUUUGUCCCUGGUCCGUUCAACUUGGGUAGGUUUAGCAUCCUCGCGGGUUGGGUUGCAGUUCUCUGGGUCAUUACAAUCUCAGUCCUCUUCUCGCUGCCUGUGGCCUAUCCCAUCACCACGGAGACGCUCAACUAUGCGCCAGUUGCAGUCGGGGGACUGCUCAUCCUCACCGUUUCGGCUUGGGUGCUUAGUGCUAGACAUUGGUUCACUGGCCCCAUUACCAACAUCGACAACUCUUAAACAACUGUAGGAACAUAGCGUUCAUGAAUUUAUUUAUUUAGUAUUGAAAGUUGUGAAUUACUAAUAAUCAAACAACUGAAGGUGAAUUUUACAGAUUUGCGCUUUUUAUGAUUAGCACGCAAUGCAAAUAAAAAAGAAAAAAAAGUGGUGACUGAGAACAAAAAA